AACUUUACCUCCUUGUGUGAAUUAUCUAUAUUUGUGUUACAAAAUAUUGAAAAUAUCAAACAUAUCUAAUACUUAGUGUUUGUAAAAGAAUUUUUAUACUAAAUGUAUGACAAUGAAUUAAUUAAUUACCAUACGUGCCUUUUUUGUUACCGAAUUAGCUACCACUUUAAUACUUCAUGAGAAACAUUAUACCACGAACCUUUUGCUACUCAUCAUGACAAAACGCCGAAGAAUAGUCCAAGCUGACAAAAUAAUACAGAAUGUUGUACAUGUAUUUACUUUAUUAAUGUUCUUACAAUUAAAAGGCUUUUAUUCUACAUUGACAAAUCCUGUAUUACUAUAUUCAACUGCUGCUGACAUAAGAGUUGGGAAUCUUUCUCGGCUUAUUAAAGCUAAUCCAAUAAUAAAAGACCUAGAACAAGGAUCAGCUGUUGAUUUCUUACAUAAAAAGAAUCUUGUGUGUUGGUCGGACCAAAAUGCAGAAUUGAUACAAUGUAUGGAAUAUAAUGAUACUUUUACUGGAGAAAAGGUGAAAAUAGUAUCAGAGGGCUUAAUUACUCCUACAGGUAUUGCAAUAGAUUGGUAUACAAAUAAAAUAUACUGGACAGAUGGAGAGACAAAUAGAAUUGAAGUGAUUAGUAUCAAUGACAAACACAGAAAAGUACUUUUCUGGUCUGAAGUCGACUUGGCUAUUGCAAUAGCUGUUGUUCCUAAGUCAGGAUUGAUGUUUUGGACUGAUUGGGGUGAGGUACCUAAAAUAGAACGAGCAGGAAUGAAUGGUGAUCCUGCCACCCGUAAAGUAAUUGUAAAGGAAGAUAUUUUCUGGCCUAAUGGUAUCACUGUGGAUUACAACAACAAUUUAAUCUACUGGGUUGACUCCAAAUUGCUAUUUGUUGAUGUUAUUGAUUUUGAUGGCAAUAAAAGGAAGAAAAUUAUCAAGUCAGGCUUAAAUUAUCCUUAUGCAUUGACAUUGUUUAAUGAAAAACUUUAUUGGACAGAUUGGAAAACAUGGGCUAUUUACACAUGGGAUAUAAGUACUACCGGCCCAAUCAAAGAGCUAGUUAAACUAGACUCAGUGCCUGUGGAUAUUAAAGCAUAUAACGAGGGAAGACAAAUUGUACCCACAGAAGAUUAUCCAUGCAAAAUUAAUAAUCAAGGAUGUUCCCAUUUGUGCCUUCUAGCUCCUACUCCGCCUGGCUAUGUCUGUUCGUGCCCAACUGGAGUCAAGUUGAAAGAGGGCAGUAAUACUACAUGUAACAAAGGCCCACUAUCAAUGUUGAUUGUUGCUCAACGGUCUAUCAUUUCAAAAAUAUCACUUGACUCUCCCGACUUCACACCUUACACGAUGCCAUUAAAGGACCUCAAAAGAGUGGUCACAGUUGACUUUGAUCCAAAAACAGAAUAUAUUUACUGGGCUGACAGUGUGUCGAAAACUCGGUCAACAAUAUCGCGUUGCCGUUUAGAUGGCAGCGAACAGUCAGUUGUGAUUCACAGCAAUGGUGUACCUGAUAGUAUAGCAAUAGAUCCCUUAGCUAGGAAUAUUUAUUGGACUGAUCCCGUCUCUGAUACCAUAACUGUGGCCCGAUUAGAUGGCAGUGCUAAGAAGGUGAUAAUCUACGAUGAGCUGUACAACCCACGUGCUAUAGCGUUACAUCCAACAGCAGGGUGGAUGUUCUGGUCUGAUUGGAAUGAGAAGAGGCCGAAAAUAGAAAGGGCGAAUCUGGACGGUGGUGAGAGGAUGCUGCUGGUGGGUGAAAGAGUCACAUGGCCGAACGGAAUCGCGUUGGACACACAACACAAUAGGCUGUAUUGGGGAGAUGCUAGGACACAUAAAAUUGAGGUAAUUAAUAUGGAUGGAACCGACCGCCGUGAGCUGCAUAGUAGUGAAAUUCCGCAUAUAUUCGGUUUGACCUUGUUGGGACAACAUCUCUAUUGGACAGAUAUACAGCGGCGCACUAUGGACCGCAUCAAUAAAGAUACAGGCCUAGAACGUCAAACAGUGGUUGAGCAAAUGGCGAAUAUGAUGGGCGUUAAAGCGUUCAGGGUUAACGAGUCGCUUGGUUGGAAUGCGUGUGCGCAAAACAAUGGAGGAUGUUCGCAUUUUUGCUUUAAUAGGCCGCAAGAUUAUGUGUGUAGUUGUCCUAUGGGUUUAGAGUUGGGUAACGAUAAGAAAAACUGUAUAGAGCCCGAAGCAUUUUUGGUCUACAGUCGGAAGAAUAUCAUCGGACGAAUUAGUAUUGAAAAUGAUAACAACGAUGUCGUUCAACCAAUCAAGGAUUUGAAGGAAGUCAGUGCAUUAGCAGUUCACGAGUCCGGGUUCAAGUUAUACUGGUCAGACAGCAGAAUGAAGACAAUUAACCGUUGCUCAAUAAAUGGCUUUAAUAUGGAGAAAAUACUGGAAUGGAUGGGGUUGGUGGAAGGUUUAGCAAUAGACUGGUCUGGUCAGAACAUAUAUUGGACGGACACGGCGGCUCAAAGAAUAGAAGUGGCUAGGCUGGAUGGAUCCAGCAGAAGGACGCUCAUCUGGCAAGGGUUAAAGAAACCGAAAAGCAUUGUACUGGAUCCAAGAAAAGGUUACAUGUACUGGUCAGAACUCGGUUCAAAGACAAUAAAGCGUGCUGCAAUGGACGGUUCAGCUGUCAGCGUUCUCAUAGAGGGCGUUGGACGCGUACACGCUCUAGCCAUAGACUACGAAAGACGCGCCAUCUAUUGGGCGGCUUUGGACCCACCGACCAUAGAGUAUGCGUACCUCAACGGUACUGGAAGAAAAGUACUGGCUGAUAAUAUACCUAUGCCCUAUGCGCUUGCGUUGUAUGGUGAUAAAGUUUAUUGGGGUGAUUGGAAUACAGGAAUAAUCGAAUCCGCGAAAAAGACAGAUGGAUCCGAUAGAAAGACGAUUCACACACAAUUGGACUACAUAUCGGAUUUGCGGAUUUACCAUCGCACAAAAGAUAGUUUGCCGAAUCAAUGCGGGGUGGACAAUGGCGGAUGUUCACACCUUUGUUUGCCGCUGCCCUCUAAUGACUUCCGGUGUGCAUGUCCAGCGCAUUUCCGGCUCAAUAGAGACAAUAUUACAUGUUCGGAACCAGAAGAGUUUCUUCUAUUCGCCCAGAAGAAUGCAGUUGGUCGAAUUUUAAUUGCGAAUGGUGAAUGUAACGACGCCUUCAUACCCCUUACUGGAUUGAAAAGUGUGAAGGGGGUUGAAUAUGAUCCUGUCGAGAGAUACCUAUAUUGGAUGGACGACGAAAGCCAUUCUAUACGGCGGGUACCCAUCUCAUAUUCGACCACGUCAGCUGUCACUGACUCGACAGUUGUAAUCACGGGUCUGUCUAGGCCAUUCCACAUGGUCCUAGAUGUCCUGGGAAGAGCGUUAUAUUGGACCUGCCUAGACACGAACUCUAUAAACGCAACGUCUAUAGAAAAUAAUUCUUCCACGGGUGUAGUGGUACGGGGAGAGAAAAUGAUGCCCAGACUUUUGGCUUUUCAUCAGACCAAAAGGAUACUUAUAUGGAGCGACGCGGGUUUAGGUGCGAUUAUACGUUCGAGCGUAGACGGUACGUCGCAGGUUGAGCUCGCUCGCGUAACCAACGUCACCGCUUUAGCCCUGGACGAAACAACGGGCACCGUGUAUUGGGCUGUUGCUAGACAAAUACACGCCGUGGAUCUCGAUACUUCUAACAGACGUAUAGUAUGGCAAGGUGGCUGGGUGGGAUCUCUAGCGGCGUAUAGUGGGUCACUUUACUUGGGAGGAGGCGAACGACCAUUAAUGCGAGUCCCCUUACAUCGGCGGGACGCGCCAGCUUCGCCCGUACAACAUAUUUCUAAGAUGCUGGCUUCGAAGACUGUUCAUAGGGUCGUUCGCGACCACCCAUGUUUCGGUGGUGGGUCUUGCGGGUCCGCUCCUGGGUCGUGUGGCGCUGGUGGUGUUUGUGGGUGUGGCCUUCAUUGCGCUCAUCCGCCAAAGGCAUCCUGCGCCAAAGGGCAAUUUUUAUGCGGCCAGGGUGAUAUUACCGAAGAUACAAACGCACCCUGUAUACCUAUGUUGUGGAAAUGCGACGGUCAACCGGAUUGCCCGGAUGGCUCGGACGAGCGUUCGUGUGACGCGUGCGCAGGUGGCGUUAGAUGCGCGGACGGGUCUUGCGGUCCAUCGCUGGGGGCCUGCCCCACGGGUGCCUUUUGCCAAGCCAUGCCGUUGCCCGAUGCUUUCAGAUGUGACGACCGUCUAUGCCUGUCUUCGAGUCUACUCUGCGAUGGACAUGCGCAUUGUGAGGACGGAUCAGAUGAAGCACCUUCUGCCUGUGGAUAUAUACAAAAGGAUACAAUGGUAAGCGCAACAGGCCGUCAAUGGCACUCCGUAGCCGUAUGGUGUGCGGUGGGCGGGGCCUGUGCAGCGCUCGUGGGUGCGGCGGCCGCAGUGCGACGUUGCCGGUCCGCGCCACCGCGACGCUUACCCGCGCCAGUCACACCGCUGGUGUACACGAAACCACCAGACUAUGGAAGGAAUAGGGUAUCGUUGCCAUCUUCUGACAACAUAGACAGCGCGACCGGUUCAGCAUCAGCGUCGGACAGCCUCUGUGGACGGUACCCGCGUCCCACCGCCAACCCACCUCCCAGUCCGGCCACGGCCAGUGGCAGGCGGAGGCCCUACCGCCAUUACCGGGCCUCCAACCGCCCCCCGCCUCCGACCCCCGCCUCCACUGACGCCUGUGAGUCCGAACCGGAACCCGCCUCUAGGGCCCCACCACCCUCGCCUGCACCUCUGCUCUACUGAUACGUAAGGUUAUAUGAAGAGAGUUGGUUAAAUGAACGUACGUAUGAAUACACAUCUAUAGUAUAGUACCAGGCCAUUUAUAAGUCGCAUCGUGCUUUUAAGGGAGCGUUCAAGUAUGUAUUACGUA